AUGGGAUGUACUCUGAGCGCAGAGGAGCGAGCCGCCCUCGAGCGGAGCAAGGCGAUUGAGAAAAACCUCAAAGAGGAUGGCAUCAGCGCCGCCAAAGACGUGAAAUUACUCCUGCUGGGGGCUGGAGAAUCAGGAAAAAGCACCAUUGUGAAGCAGAUGAAGAUCAUCCACGAAGAUGGCUUCUCUGGCGAAGACGUGAAACAGUACAAGCCCGUGGUCUACAGCAACACCAUCCAGUCGCUGGCGGCCAUCGUCCGGGCCAUGGACACUCUGGGCAUCGAAUAUGGUGACAAGGAGAGAAAGGCCGAUGCCAAGAUGGUGUGUGACGUGGUGAGUCGGAUGGAAGACACAGAGCCCUUCUCUCCAGAGCUGCUCUCCGCCAUGAUGCGACUCUGGGGCGACUCGGGGAUCCAGGAGUGCUUCAACAGGUCCCGGGAGUAUCAGCUCAAUGACUCUGCCAAAUACUACCUGGACAGCCUGGACCGGAUCGGGGCCACCGACUACCAGCCCACUGAGCAGGACAUCCUCCGAACCAGGGUCAAAACCACCGGCAUCGUAGAAACCCACUUCACGUUCAAGAACCUCCACUUCAGGCUGUUUGACGUCGGGGGCCAGCGGUCUGAACGCAAGAAGUGGAUUCACUGCUUUGAGGAUGUCACGGCCAUCAUCUUCUGUGUCGCGCUCAGCGGCUACGACCAGGUGCUCCACGAAGACGAGACCACGAACCGCAUGCACGAGUCUCUCAUGCUCUUCGACUCCAUCUGUAACAACAAGUUCUUCAUCGAUACCUCCAUCAUUCUCUUCCUCAACAAGAAAGAUCUCUUUGGGGAGAAGAUCAAGAAGUCACCUCUGACCAUCUGCUUUCCCGAGUACACAGGCUCCAACACCUAUGAAGAUGCCGCCGCCUACAUCCAAGCACAAUUUGAAAGCAAAAACCGUUCACCCAACAAAGAAAUUUAUUGUCACAUGACUUGUGCCACAGACACGAAUAAUAUCCAGGUGGUAUUCGACGCCGUCACCGACAUCAUCAUUGCCAACAACCUCCGGGGCUGCGGCUUGUACUGA